CAUCUCCGACGAAGCUUCGCGCGUCCUCCGCCUCCCCUCUCAAAGCGCCGCCACGACCCCGCAAGCCACCACGGGCAACGCGGUGGCUUCCCGCGCCAGCACCGCCUCCGGCGGUGGCGGCGGCGGCGGCGUCCUUGCCAAGGUGAGGGCCGCCGCCAGCCUCUCCAGCCGAUCGCAGCCGCGGCAGGAGCUGGGAUCCUCCUCCCGGGCCCCAGCUCCCGGGGCCGCGUUCGACCCCUUCGACGUCGAUGCCGACCCGCCGUCACAACUGGAGCUGACGCCUGAACAGGUCGGGCACUGCAGCGAUGCGCUCGCGCACUUCGAGAAGAGGAAGAGGCGGAGUGACUUGUCAGAAGAGUUCGGAAGCCUCUCGGACAUGGGACUGAUGAAAAGGAUUAGUGUGGCUCAUUAUCCUGUUAAUAGGGAAAAGAAUCGCUAUAUUGAUGUCUUACCAUUUGAUGAUACCAGGGUAAAACUGAAAUCCACAACAACCAGUUUGACUUCAAACAAUGAUUACAUCAAUGCAAGCUUCAUAAAGGCUACUGAGGACAACAGUGUUGCAACAUUUAUUUGUACUCAAGGUCCCCUAGUGAACACAUUUGAGGAUUUUUGGGAAAUGGUCUAUCAAUAUCAGUGCCCUGCAAUUGUCAUGGUCACUCAAUUCGAUAGUGUUAAGUGUGAUAAGUAUCUCCCACUGCACAAUGGGCGAGGAGCAUAUGGAAAAUAUAAUGUUAAGAUUAUGAAAAAAAGAAAAGAUAACCAUCAAUUAUGGCUGCGCAACGUGCAGGUGCAAAACAAGGAGUCAGGCAAGGUCCAUUCUGUACUCCAUAUAGAAUAUCCUGAUUGGCCCGACCAUGGAGUGCCAACCAAUACUGAUGCUGUACGACAAAUCUGGAAGCGACUACAUCACAUUCCAACAGAACAUCCUAUAGUUGUACAUUGCAGUGCAGGUAUUGGAAGAACUGGUACUUACAUCACCAUCCAUACUGCAAUUGAGAGAAUCCUCCUUGGUGACAAAAGGUCUUAUGAUAUUGUUAAAACUGUAAAGAAUUUCAGAUCCCAACGACCUGGAAUGGUCCAAACUGAGCAACAAUACAAAUUCUGCUAUCAGGUGAUUGCUGAUGAGCUGAAAUAUCUGCUAAACUCAGACCAUUGAGAACCAAGCGCUCUGUUUUUCAUCCGUGGACCUCUGAUUACUCCAAUGCCGGACUAGUGCAUACAGCAUUUUGUUGGGUGCAUACCUUCUUGCAAAUGGGUCCAUUGCAGGAAGACCGCGAUGACACCUUCAUUAUGAUCACUAUUUUUCUAUUGUCGUUAGUCGAAUGAAAAUAUUAGCUAGAGGAGGUUUACAAGAUUGGACUGCUCGGUGCCUGUAAUUCCACUGCAGUUUGAAUCAUUCUUUAAUCUCCCUCAACUCAACGAAUUGGUAUCUUGGACGAGUCCAGUACAAAUGUUGGUUGUACCUUGUUGGACUAGGUUGCGCGCGUUAACCUUAGUUACCUCGAAUUCAAGCGAAUUGAGUACGCAGUUUCAUACUUGCAUC